CAGGUCGGUAUCGUCGGUCGCACAGGUGCAGGCAAGUCAACUCUUACUUUAGCCUUGUUUCGUAUUCUUGAGAGAGCUGGUGGACGAAUUGUUAUCGAUGGUGUGGAUAUCGCCAAGAUUGGUCUUCAGGAUCUGCGGUCACGGCUUACUAUCAUUCCACAGGUAGACUAAAAUACUUGGGCACUACAUAAGUUUGCAUCUUGAGCAUAUAGAUUGGUGAACCUAUGUCACUGUGUUGACAGAAGUAAAGGAUGACAAACUAUUAAUGGUUUAGAUAUCACUGAUGAAAUUGUUUUUUUAGAAAACGUAUUGUUAUUGUACAUAGAAUUCAGUUAUGGUUGUAUCACCAUUUUUGUUUGUUUGUUUUUUUUUUGCGGUGUAGGAUCCCGUGCUGUUUUCUGGAACGCUACGUGUCAAUUUGGAUCCGUUUGACAGUCACACGGACGAGGAGCUUUGGAAGAUUCUAGAGAUGAGUCAUUUGAAGAACUUUGUGUCAGGACUGGAAGAAGGUCUUUUACAUCCCGUGACUGAAGGAGGCGAAAAUCUAAGGUAAUAAGUUUGGAAUGAUGAAGGGCUAACGCUCGAAACGUCAGCUUUGGAACUCUUUACGGCGGCCAAUUUACGUUUUCAACUCAGUUGAUAAUACUAAAUUACCCUAAUAUACUCUCCCACCGACGCAGCACUACAAUUUCUUUAGAAACUUACCCCUUUAUUCAUAUUUUCUCACACUGUUUUAAUUGCUUAUCAAUUAAGAAAUAGCCCAUUUCCAAGAUGCUCAAAUCCACUGAUUUAAAACGAGGUAAAGUUUAAAGUCUCCAAAGAAAAUGACUUUUGUAUUUGUAUGUACAUAAAACUUACUGCGUCUGAAAAGUCUUGCACUCGUCUUCAUUUUGAAUGUUGGGAUUUUUCGGACCAGUUUUACUGAAUAUCCAGAGAUAAUCGGUCAUUUUUGUCAUUCUUUCAGUGUUGGUCAGCGGCAAUUGGUGUGCUUAGCGCGUGCGCUGCUCCGUAAAAGUAAGAUCCUGGUUCUAGACGAAGCCACGGCCGCAGUGGACCUGGAAACUGAUGAACUCAUCCAGCACACGAUUCGGCGAGAGUUCGCUGACCGCACUGUGUUCACCAUUGCUCACAGGCUCAACACUAUAAUGGACUAUACAAGGUAAAGCAUUCCUUAGUUAAUACUUCUCUUUGCACUCGUUACAUGUCUCCUCAGAUGUUGAUGCAGUAAGGAUAAAGCUUUUCCCAGCGGUGAUACAAUGAAGGGGGAAGUUGAGUUCCAGUCUAGAAAGAAUUCCUCUUUUGCUUAAUAUUUGUACAGUACUGAAUGGAAACUUAACUGAAUUCUCAUUACGUGGCCGUGGCACUUUUGGUUUCCUUCUGUGAAGGUUAUACUCAGCCGGAAUUGUGAAUAGUCAAGUCGAUUAUCUUUUGGGUGAAAUGAGUGAAUUCUAAUUCAUGUGCUAUCAGCAACUGCGAACCUACCCCUCCCUUAACUCAACAACAGUCAACCGAUAACAAGUUUGGGUUGAUAUUGGGUUAGGGGAGGGGUAGGUGCAUAGUUGCUCAGAUUCUGACUUUGAUCCCUUUUUUUCCUCAAGAGGAGGAGGUCUCGGAGUGAACAGAACUUUGCACUGAGUGAUAUGUGAGUCUAUUGUUGUUGUUUUUUUCAGGAUCAUGGUGCUGGACAAAGGUUUCAUGAUGGAGUUUGACACUCCACAGGCUCUGUUGGCUCAACAGGGAAUCUUCUACAAAAUGGCUCGUGACGCUGGACUAGCUUGA